AUGGCCGUAACCGCAUUCCCCUCCGAGGACUCUCCAGAUCUCGCUCUUCUGAACGUCGCCCACUUGAGCACAAUCUCCUCUCCCCGGGGAGACCGACGCUCAUUCCAACAAUCCGAAUACCAGCGUAUGCGCGUGAACAAGAACGUCGAAUACGCCCGCUCACUACUUACCCAACUGGAGCGCUCCCUCCCACAAAUAAAAGCCCUCAAUCGCAAACACGAAGCACAAGCCGAGAUCGCACGCGACAGACAGCUCCUAAAGCGUAUACAGACCGUCCUAGAAGAAGAAGACGCCAAAGCCGCAGCGAAGCAAGAUGAAGAGGACGAGACCGAAGACGUCGACGACGAAUGGAAGGAACUAUUAUCCAAACCCGUCGUCGAGAAAGUUAUCCCGGCAUCCCAACCAAAAGACCAGCAGACACGGAAACAGACGUCAGAUUCGCAAGGAGAAGUAAAGGGACCAAGCGAAGCGCAACAAACCACUACAUCCUCCGCAACGACGACUACAACCACAACCCCAUCACCAACACCCUCAUCAACAAACCCGCCAACACCCCCAACCCUCCGCAACCGCCACACGGCCCACCCCGCACCACCAUCUACUGACAAAGCAGCGGCGACGGGAAGCAAUACGAACAAGCUCGUUGAAACGGAAACGGAGCUGAGUACCCAUAGAAUGGAACAGGAGGAUCUUACCAGUUCGCUCCUGACGCUCGCUUCGCAAUUGAAAUCCUCCUCGCAGAGCUUCCAGUCGACACUGGAGGGUGAGAAAUCUGCUUUGGACCGUGCGGUGUCGGGUAUUGACCGCACGAGUUCCACGAUGGAGGCGGCGGGUAAGAGGAUGGGGAUGUUGCGCAAGAUGACGGAGGGGAAGGGGCUGUGGGGGCGGAUGAUGCUGUAUGCGUGGAUUUUCGGGCUGUGGGUUAUUGCUAUUCUGAUUGUUUAUGUUGGGCCGAAGUUGAGGUUCUGA